CGAAUCAAAUUACAUCACAUGUUACAAAAGUAUUAAAAAGCAACCUAGCUCUGUAAUAAUAUCUAUGUAUAUAUCUAUGUUUUUUUGGUAUGCUGCUCGGAUAGACUAAGACAAAAAAAGAGUGGAGGAAAAGAUAAGACAUGGAUACACAAAGGUUACCAAAGAGAGAAGAGCAAGAAGAAGAAGUGGCUGAUCAUCAACCUUUUCAAAUCUUCGAGUCCAUUAAUGCUUUCUCAAAAGAGCAACACAACCGUUCUAUGGAUGAUUUCGACCGCAUUUUCGACAUCAGCAUUGACAGUUUAGGCUGCUCUCAUGAACUCAAUUGGGAUUUUUGGAAAGAAGAAGACGACGAAGAAGAUGUGAAGGAAGAAGAGAAGAGUUUGAGUACUGAUCAAGAAGGCUCAAGUUCUGGUUUUUGGGAUAAUAUGUCGACCGAUUAUGAAGACAGAGAGUUGGCUCUGAAGCUGAAUCUGAACCAUCAAGAAGUUAUUGAUGCUUGGUCUGAUCGCCGCCAGCAACCUCUGUGGACAGAUACCUCAAUGCUAAUGGCUCCGGCCAGUGCCCUUUAUAGUGGAGAAGUGCCGGUGAUGGAUGAAGAGAGAAACACGAGAAGAGAAGCGAGUGUGUUAAGGUACAAAGAGAAGAGACAGAGUAGGCUCUUCUCUAAGAAGAUAAGGUAUCAGGUCCGAAAACUCAACGCUGAUAAACGACCUCGUUUCAAGGUCUCUCUCUCUUUCCUUCUUCUCUUUACAUCUUAACCUAACUCAAUGCUAACUUUUUUGGUAAAACUAUUUAUUUAACUUCAUAAUGCUUAGUCAAUUUGUGCUAACCAACCCUAAACUCUAUAUUGUCUUAAUGAUUCUUCUUCCGAUGUAUUUCUUUUGAAUUAUUUGUAGGGUCGGUUCGUGAAAAGGGACACUUAAAAGGGGAAAUAAAUAUCAGGAAGAAAAAUAUCUUCAGUCUUCGAUGUGUCUUUUUAUUAGUAUUAUUAUUCAUAUUUCACGUUUUAUUUGUAUUUUUAUGAGAUAUCGUUAUCGACUUUCACAACUUUGUCAAAUUUGAAACGAAAAUAUCUCCUUCACGAAACAAA